UCCUUGACUCUUUCAUCUCACUUUCUGACCCGACAACUUACGGGGAUACAUAACUAAAAAUUCAUAUUCAAAUCAGACUUGAUUAGUCGAGCGUCUCCGCGGCGGCCAAUCGACGAUUAAAUAUCGUAGCGGGUCCGUCUCUUGGCUAGGAAUCGUCAGUAACUCAUUUUCCAUCUCACUCUCCGACGCACUCCCUCUUUGUCUAUCUCUUGCUAACGCCAUGCUCACGUCGGCUGUACGGGGAAUUGCCAGGCGCUCAUUUUCAACAUCAAAAUGGGCCGCGGCACAGCAGAUGACCGUAAGAGACGCGCUGAACUCUGCGCUGGACGAAGAGAUGGAGAGAGACGAGAGAGUAUUUUUAUUGGGUGAAGAAGUGGCGAUGUACGACGGAGCGUACAAGGUCUCUAGGGGGCUGUGGAAGAAGUACGGCGACAAACGAGUCAUCGAUACACCGAUUACGGAAAUUGGAUUUGCCGGGGUGGCCGUAGGAGCUGCGAUGGCCGGGCUUCGACCGAUUUGUGAAUUUAUGACCUUCAAUUUCUCCAUGCAAGCGAUAGACCACGUCAUCAAUUCCGCGGCAAAAACAUUCUACAUGUCUGCUGGAAUGAUAAACAUCCCAAUGGUGUUCAGAGGCCCGAAUGGUGCCGCGGCUGGUGUCGCUGCACAGCAUUCUCAGUGCUACGGAGCUUGGUACAGUCAUUGUCCAGGUCUGAAGGUCGUAUCUCCGUACAACAGCGAAGAUGCGAAAGGGUUGUUAAAGGCAGCAAUUCGGGAUCCUGACCCAGUCGUUGUUCUGGAAAACGAGCUGCUCUACGGAGUCCAGUAUCCGAUGUCAGACGAGGCUUUGUCCAAAGACUUUGUACUGCCGAUCGGCAAGGCCAAGAUCGAACGGACUGGAAACCACGUUACGAUAGUCGCGCAUUCCAUGGCCGUUCAAAACGCUCUUGAAGGAGCCAACGAGCUUGCCGGUCAAGGAAUAGAGGCCGAAGUUAUAAAUCUGAGAUCGCUCAGGCCGUUGGAUAUAAACACGAUCAUACAGUCGGUUACAAAGACUCAUCAUUUGAUCACCGUUGAACAAGGAUGGCCUCAUUGCGGUAUCGGGGCUGAAGUUGCAGCCAGAAUUAUGGAGAGCGAGGCGUUUUACCAUUUGGACGCGCCUGUCGUUCGACUAGCGUCUGUCGACUGUCCCCUGCCUUACACCAAGUCUCUGGAGGCUGCGUCGCUGCCACAAACACCCGAUGUAGUUAACACAGUGAAGAAAAUACUUGGCGUGGCGCAGUAACAUCGUAGCGACACUUUAGACCCCCUAGUUACCUAUUUAUCAAUUCCUUUCGCAGACCUCGUCCUUCUCGCGAAUGCAUCCCUCUGCUCCCAUUCCUCGCCUCCCUCCCCGCUCUCCCUUAACCUCACGGUAUCUCGUGAAAGAGCGCGUUGAAUAUUGAGAUUACAAAGGAAAUUACACCAAUACGCGUACUAAGAUGUAAUUAAUAACCGCUUCGAGAUCAAGUACAAAGUAAAACUUGAGGUGGUCAGAAACAGUAAAAAAAAGAGAAAAUUGUAGCAACUCGUUACACUCGCGGUGGCGUAUGAAACGUGCAGAACAUUUUUCUACGUCACCAUUUUCCUUAUAAGCUGGUCUUUAAGGCUGAGGAUUUGAUUCUUAUGCAAGUGAAAUGAGGAUGAAGAUAUUUGAAGAUAAGAAAGAUAUACGUACAAAUGGAAAAACGCUGAUUACUAUUAUCGCCAUUUUUGUUGAUACCGUUACGAAUAAAAUUCUUACCGUCAACGGUAGCUGACUAAUGGAACCGAAAUUUUCAAUCUGUUCAGCUGACAACGAUUUAAUAUUGUAACGAACGCUAGUAGUACAGUAGAUAUUGUACAUGUACAUAUACACACCUAUAUAGCUAUAAAGUGAAAUUGAAAAAAAAAGCAGAAAGAACACAGUUUUUUUUUCUCAUUUCGAACACCGAUGCAUACGUAAUUUUUCCGGUAUACGCUUGAUUUUCUUUCGAAAAAUGUAGCUCAUUACAAUUUAUGCAUACUUGCGACUGCAUGUAUUAAUACAUAAUAAUCAUAGGUAUGUCGAUAGCUGUGUAUUAUUACGGAAGGAACGAUUUGAGUUUUUCAGAUUUUCUUCCAAAUGUCUUUGAUUGCAACUUGUGUGAUCAAGAGAUAGAAAAUGUAAAGAACAAGUAAACAGAAGCGCAAAAAGUAACUUCAAGGAUAGAAAAAAAUGCUAAAAAUUCGAUUCUGAAAAAAAUUACUCAUUACAAUAAUAGCGUAUGUACAUAAACCGUAAAUUCACAACUUCAUACUUGCGAGAAAUGUCUAAACAUUGAGUAUUUGGGUACUGAAAGCUUACGUCAAUUGUCUCAGGUUUCAUUAUUACUAUUGUUGUUGUUAUUAUUAUUAGUACUAUUUUUUCUGUAGAUGAUAGAUAAUAGUUUAGGGAACGAACGAGACGAUUAGUAAAAUUUUAUCAAUACCGAUGGUAUUUAUGUUCAUUUAUAGUAUCAUUUGACGGACGAACGAUCGAUAUGCUUAGAGCUUCUAUUGCCAUUACUUCUCUUCUCGCCGUGGAACUGGUUUAACUUGUUCAGGAAUUGAAGAUACAGCGAUCCCGUGUUUGACCGUUAAUUGAUUAUCAAUUAUUAUUUAUUAUGUGAAAUAAAAGUGAAUAAAUAAAUGAAUGAAUAAGUACGAAUAAAUGAAUUGUGAUAUAUAUAGAGGA